AGCUCGGACCGGUCACAGGGCCCUGAAAAAAGUGGUCUCAGGAUGCCGUCCGAAGCCGGCGGCAGCGGCCGGAGCCCCGGCUCCAGCGCAAGGUCCUGUGCAGAGCGUCAGAUAUUUAGCUUCCUGUGGUAUACUGAUGAGCAGAACUCUUCCACUACAUACCUCAAUUUUGCCAAAGGAGAUAUAUGCAAGAACUUUCUUCAGAAUUGCUGCACCGUUAAUAAACAAAAGAAAAGAAUAUUCAGAGAGGAGAAUUAUAGGAUAUUCUAUGCAGGAAAUGUAUGAUGUAGUAUCAGGAAUGGAGGGUUACAAGCAUUUUGUUCCUUGGUGCAAAAAAUCAGAUGUAAUAUCAAGGAGAUCCGGAUACUGCAAAACACGGUUAGAAAUUGGGUUUCCACCUGUAUUGGAGCGCUAUACAUCAGUAGUAACCUUGGUGAAACCACAUUUGGUAAAGGCAUCCUGUACAGAUGGGAAGCUCUUCAAUCAUUUGGAGACUGUUUGGCGUUUUAGCCCAGGUCCUCCUGGCUACCCAAAAACUUGUACUUUGGAUUUUUCAAUUUCUUUUGAAUUUCGCUCACUUCUACACUCUCAGCUUGCCACAUUGUUCUUUGAUGAAGUUGUAAAGCAGAUGGUAGCUGCCUUUGAAAGAAGAACAUGUAAGCUGUAUGGUCCAGAAACAAAUAUACCUCGGGAAUUAAUGCUUCAUGAAGUUCAUCACACAUAAAGAGAAAAAGGAAGUGGUCACCUACUUGUUAACUAGUUUUAUUCACUUUUAGGAAGUGCUUUCAUCAUUUGCUUUCAGAAGUCAGGAAGCAUUUGUCAAACCCAGCUUUGAUUAUAAACCUGUACGAUUGAAAAUUUGCACUUGGAAUAUGGAACCACAUGUACAUAGAAUUCAAUCAAGUAUAAUUCAGAGUAAUAUGUAUAUUAGCAUAUUUACAAUAAUGGGAUGUCAUCACUAUCGCUAGAAUACUGA